AGUAAGGAGCUGCGCCAAGGUAGGCGAGGAGCUGCGCAGCUAGCGCUGUCCUGUAGGUCAUUCUUAGGCGCCUCAACUCAAGAGCAGGCAAGAAGCGCCUUGUUUGCUUCGAACCAGCACUAGAGUGGUGGCUUCAAAGUGGCCCUUCAUAAAGUUUCUCUGCCGCGAGCGUGUAGGAACAGUAGUAUCCUAUACGGGCUCUCCCUUCCCCCUCCGCCACUCUUCUCGUCGACCUUCUGCGCCGUCGCUCCGUGGCCGAGCCAGCAGUUGACCUGUGCAGUUGUUUCCGGAGGGUCCCCAGGGAUGAGCUAUGAGUCAGCGAGCUUUGCAAUUCCUUCCCCGCGCUCACCGAUUUCUCCGCGCGUCCAUUCCAUCACUCGCUUCUCUGAAGCCCCCUGAGCGACCGGCGUUGCUGUCAUUGUUGAGACCAUCAGACCCAGCAGCAGCACCUGGACCAGCAGCAUUGUUCCCGAGGGUCAAACCGGAUCUAUCUUCUCGCCCUGACUCAGCUCCCUCGCUCUCAGAUACACGUUAUACAACCUUCACUCCACGCGAAUCACCUACAACGCGUGUAAAACACGUCGACUUUCUUCCCGCCUGUAAACCCACCCGCACUAUUGCCUCGCUCCCUUUUCCGCCUCUUACCUCCCCGUCAUUCCACACCUCUCCAUCAUUACCGUCAUCCCCCUCCUACCACCCUCUCUCUUCUAUCCGUUCCAAGGCGCACAUGAGAGCCGUAGUAUUCGACGAGCCUGGGGGGGCAGAAGUCCUCCAGGUUCGGGAGGUUCCCAUGCCUGAGGUUCGGGAAGGGGAGGUGCGAAUUCGCGUGGCUGCUACUGCUCUGAACAGAGCGGAUAUCAUGCAACGUAUGGGGUCCUAUCCUCCACCUAAAGGCGCAUCACCCAUUCUUGGACUGGAGUGUUCUGGAACAAUAGAGUCUGUCGGCUCUCAUGUAACACGCUGGAAGGUUGGGGAUCAGGUCUGUGCAUUGCUGGCAGGGGGUGGAUAUGCGGAAUAUGUCUCAGUGCCCGAAUCCCAGGUUCUUCCAGUGCCAGAUGGCGUGCCGCUAGUGGAUGCUGCAGCGCUGCCUGAGGCUGCAUGCACGGUGUGGUCUACUGUCUUUAUGAUGGCAAAGCUGCAGCCUGGAGAGUCGUUUCUGGUGCAUGGAGGGUCCAGUGGUAUUGGUACCUUUGCCAUCCAGUUGGUGAAGCUGCUUGGGAGUCGUGUCUUCUGUACUGCUGGCUCGACUGAGAAGCUGGAACGGUGCCGUCAACUGGGCGCGGAUGUUACAAUCAACUAUCGCAAAGAGGACUUUCUGGCACGUGUAAAGGAAGAGACUGGUGGGAAAGGGGUGAAUGUCAUACUUGACAACAUGGGUGCUUCAUAUUUGGAGAAGAACCUUUCUUCUCUGGUGGAGGAUGGCCGAAUGGUUGUGAUAGGUCUUCAGGGUGGUCGCACUGGCAGUGUGGACCUUGGGCGCAUGUUGAUAAAGCGGCUCUCUCUGCUUUCUGCAGGCCUGAGAUCUCGACCACUGGAUCAGAAGUCAGAGAUUGUGCGUGAAGUGGAGGCUAACGUCUGGCCACUCAUCUCCUCUGGCCGAUUGAAGCCAGUGAUUUUCCAAGAAGUGUCCAUAGCAGAUGUGCAGACUGCUCAUGCACUGAUGGAGUCCAGUGUUCACAUUGGGAAAAUAGUACUCAUCCCUUAACUCGGCACUGAGCAUUGCUGGAACGUACAACAGUUUGACACUCCAAUGUGUAUUUCGAACUCAAUAUUAGUCUUAAAAUCAGACCCGUCAUUC